GGAGGAGGAGGAGGACCCUCGGCGCGCAGCGCUCCUCUCCACCGAGCGCAAAACGCACCGCGUCAGCAAAGGGAGCCAUUCAAACCUGCCCCGGAAUACCAGACCAAGAUUUUGAAAUAGUACUCACAUUUGUGUCAUUUAGAGGAACAUGUCGGGGCGCAUUCCGCGCGGCUUUUCGCUUCUCCUCUCCUGGAUGUUGCUGGAACCCGUGUUUCCUGCUCAGAGUCCAAUGUGUGACCUGAUUCUGGAAAUAGACAGGGAGAAGAGCAUGUGUGCGGCUCAGGCUGAAAACAGAACAACAGGUUGCAACGCGACAUGGGAUAAAAUCACCUGCUGGCCCAGCGCCGACAUCGGAGAGGUGGUUACCAUCCCCUGCCCCAAAUAUCUCUUUUAUUUCUCCAGGGACGUACCUCCACGUAAUCUGUCAAAGGCCUGCACGGCGGGGGGGUGGAGGCCAGUCAGCAUGGACUCCUAUAUAAUGGACUGCGGUUACAACCCCAACCACACCGCGGAGGAGAGCUCGGGGGACUUCUACAGCGCCAUACAAGUGGGUUACACCGUGGGUCACAGCGUGUCGCUGGUUUCCCUGACGGUCGCCAUCGUCAUACUGUGUCUCUUUCGGAAGCUGCACUGCACCCGAAACUACAUCCACAUGCAUCUGUUUGUGUCCCUCAUCCUGAAAGCUGUGACGGUUAUUAUAAAGGAUGUGGUCCUGUAUGAAGACAGCGAGGCGGACGCCUGCCAGUCACUGGUCGGCUGCAAGGUGGUGAUGGUCUUCUUCCAGUACGGGGUCAUGGCGAGUUACUUCUGGCUGCUGGUGGAGGGCAUGUAUCUCCACGCGCUGCUGGCCGUGUCCUUUUUCUCUGAGAGGAGGUACCUCUGGUGGUAUAUUCUGAUUGGCUGGGGAGUCCCGACCAUCUUUAUCUCUGCAUGGGUGAUUACGAAGGCUUGCUUGAAUCACCGGGGAUGCUGGGAGACAAUUGAUGACAAUCCCUGGUGGAUCAUCAAAGCACCUAUUUUGGUCGCCAUACUUGUGAACUUUUGCCUCUUCAUUUGUAUAAUCCGGAUAUUGCUACAGAAAAUGAAUUGCCCUGACAUCGGAAGGAAGGAGUCCAAUCAGUACUCGAGGCUGGCUAAAUCUACAUUGUUGCUGAUACCUCUCUUUGGCGUAAACUACAUAAUAUUCGCCUUCAUACCAGACAACAUCUACUCAAGAGUCAGGAUGGUGUUCGAUCUUGUUCUCGGGUCUUUUCAGGGUUUUGGUGUCACGGUCCUGUACUGCUUUCUGAACGGAGAGGUGCAGUCGGAGAUUAAGCGUAAGUGGCGCAGGUGGAUGCUGCAGAGGUUCCUGGUUGCUGACACUAAGUACCAACAGCCCUCCAUCGGCAGCAACGGCAACAACUUCAGCACCCAGAUCACCAUGUUGACCAAGUGCAGCCCCACAGCCAGACGUGCGUCCGCCUGUCAGGAGCACCUCUCUUCCAUCUGAAACCCCUGUAAAGCUGACUUACCGUAUCUCAUCAUCAUCGUCAUCAUCAUGUUGGCAUGAAAUUUCAGUACUGAAUCUGAUUUAUUUAGUUUCCUUAGCUGGCAAAAAAAAAGAAAGGAAAAAAAGACAGCUGCUCCGUUCUUUUUUUUUUUUCUGUAGGGAAAAGUGAUUUGACACUGACUUGGGAACACUGUGUUAUAAAAAGAAUGGCUGAAAUUCUUACAGAGAAGAACAUAACGCUCAGUUUUACGGUCUGAUGAUGCGUAAAGUUUGGUCGGGAGAACUUUCACUGCCACUGGAUAUUGGCUGGGUGGACAAAGGUCAGAGGCACGUGGGUGUAAUGCUCUGUCCAAAUUGCACAUCGAGGCAAGUUGCACUCACUGUUGGCAAAUUUACUGAAAAUCGGUCACUGGAGAAAGUUUAGCGGCUGUCCGGCAGCAUGCCGCUAGUCUAGACUCUUGGUCAGUAUUUUUCAUGUGAUGCUAAGGUCAGUAAAGCCUCUGAAAAUCUGCAUCCAAACUAGAUGGGGGGGGUUAUUUUUUAUUACCAGGACAUUUUACACCUCUUAAUGUAGUGACUUAAUGUUGUGUAGGGGACAAAUGGUAAUCACAUGAAUGCUGUUCAGGCUUUACAAAGUACUGGAGUUUCUGGAAAAGGCUCCGUGGGCCGUGGAUGAGGGGUCUGCAUCCUGCCUGUGACAGUUUUAUAUGGGGCAUACACUUAGCUGAGUAACUGCCAGAUAGCAUUCCAGAAGAGAGGCUGCAGCUGCG